GUGGGCUCAGCACACACAUAAUUCUUUCCUGGAGAGACAUCAUAGCUUGCAAGCAUUGCAGUUGCUCAGUGUUCGGAUGUGCAAAUUAACACAAAAGUAUAAUUUUAGUUCCCUCAUCCGAGCCGCUGAAGAACCGGUGGGUUAAUUUAAUUUUCUCUGGAAAUGAGUCAGUCUGCGCUAAACAUUUCACAGACGACUGCUUCCUCAACUUGGUCCGAUACAAAGCUGGACUUGCUGAACGUCUGGAAAUGGAGUCCGUUUCAGUACCAACACUCAUCGGCUCAGCUACAAACCUCGGACAAGCCAGCACAUCAAGUGCUUACAUUCAGCAGCUUCUCUCAAGGGAUGUUGCCUGCCAUACAGACCACCUGGAAACACAUACUGUAGCCACACGGCUCUCCUUAAAGACUUUGCAGACCCAUUUUAAAAGUGAAGAAGACUGCGAAGCCUUUGGAGACCGCAGCACGCAGCGCGGCGCCACCUCGGAGAGUCUGGGUGUGGACGGCCCUGGCUCCUCCCACAUGUCCAGUCACAGCGGGGAGCUGAAGAUCCUGAGCGUCUACGGUAAAGGGGAGGGCCCACUGGCGGUGGGCGGCCAUGACACCCUCUUCACCGCGUCCGAAGUGGAGGCCCUGAACUCGCUGUCUGCGGACCACAGCGCGGCCAAGAGCCUGGAGCGCGGCGAGCGGCUGGUCUGCCACGAGGAGCUGAGUGUGCAGCAGACCCCAGACACCAUUUCAAUCAAGGUUGAAGAGGAUAUUGGUGGAGGCAUUCCCGCUGUAGAAGGCAAUGACAUCAGAGACCGUAGCACGCAGCGCGGCGACACCUCAGAGAGUCUGGGUGUGGACGCCCCUGGCUCCUCCCACAUGGCCAGUCACAACGGGGAGCUGUGGAUCCUGAGCGUCUACGGAAAAGGGGAGGGCCCACUGGCGGUGGACGGCCAUGACACCCUCUUCACCACGUCAGAACCGGAGGCCUUGAGCUCGCUGUCCGUGGACCGCAGCGUGGCCAAGAGCCUGAACUGCAGCGUGCGGCUGGUCCGCCUUGAGGAGCUGACUGGGCAUCAGGGCGGCCGCAAGGGCCGGCCCGGUGUCUUGUGUGGAAAGGUUAUUCCCAACAAUGCCAAUAUGAUCAUCCACAUGAGGACACAACCCGACGAGAGGCCGUACGGGUGCAACCAAUGCACGAAGCGCUACAGUCAUAGGUCCUCCCUGAGUUUCCACAUGAGUUCUCACUCCGGGGUGAAGCCCUACAAGUGUGACCAAUGCAUGAAGCCCUUCAGUCGGAAACAACACCUGAAGAUCCACCUGAGAACGCACUCCGGGGAGAAGCCCUACAGGUGUGACCAAUGCACGAAGCUCUUCAUUCGGAAAGACAAGCUGAAGAGCCACAUGACGACUCACACCGGAGAGAAGCCCUACAAGUGUGACCAAUGCAAAAAGCUCUUCAGUAAGAAAGAGAACCUGAAGAGCCACAUGAGAACGCACUCCGGGGAGAAGCCCUACAAGUGUGACCAAUGCGCAAAGCGCUUCAGGAAGAACACAAACCUGAAGAGACACAUGAAGACUCACACCGGCGAGAAACCCUACAGGUGUGACCAAUGCACGAAGCACUUCGGUCAAAGUGACCACCUGAAGAGCCACAUGAAGACUCACACCGACGAGAAGCCCUUAAGGUGCGAUUAAUGCACGAUGCGCUUCUCUAUCCUCUAUUUUGAAAAAUGUGCUGCCUUUUGCUUCCUUUUUUCAUGAUUAAAA